CAGAGGUCUCACGUAUCAAGUGUCGUGGUGUUAAAUUUAGACUGAGCGUCAAGAAGACACGGACGUGAAAAACCAGAAGACAAACAAGCAGACUUGUACAAUGAACGUGGAGGACAUGGAGGAGUCACUUAUGGAGUAUUUGGACGACGAAGACGACAUGGAGGACGCUGAGGACGGAGUCAUGGGCUUCAGCGACAGUCUGACUGGAGAGGUCAAACCUCGCAUCCUGCUGAUGGGUCUGCGAAGGAGUGGAAAGUCCUCAAUUCAGAAGGUGGUUUUCCACAAAAUGUCCCCAAAUGAGACACUGUUCCUGGAGAGCACCAACAAAAUUUGCAGGGAAGAUGUCUCCAGCAGCUCCUUUAUCAGCUUCCAGAUCUGGGACUUCCCUGGUCAGAUUGAUUUCUUCGACCCCACAUUUGACUAUGAAAUGAUCUUCAGAGGCACUGGAGCACUGAUCUUUGUUAUUGACUCGCAGGAUGAUUAUGUAGAGGCGUUGUGUAGGCUACAUCUCACAGUGACACGGGCUUACAAAGUCAACCCAGACAUCAACUUUGAGGUCUUCAUUCAUAAAGUUGACGGCUUGACAGACGACCAUAAGAUUGAGAAGCAGAGGGAUAUACAUAAACGCUCCAACGAUGACAUCGCAGAUUCAGGACUUGAGCAAAUACAUCUGAGUUUCUAUUUAACCAGUAUAUACGACCAUUCCAUAUUUGAAGCAUUCAGCAAAGUAGUCCAGAAGCUAAUUCCACAGCUGCCUGCUCUUGAAAACCUUCUAAACAUCUUCAUAUCUAACUCAGGUGUGGAAAAGGCCUUUCUUUUAGAUGUGGUCAGUAAGAUUUACAUCGCCACAGACAGCAGUCCCGUGGACAUGCAGACGUACGAACUCUGCUGUGACAUGAUUGACGUCGUCAUUGACAUCUCUUGCAUCUAUGGGCUGACCGACACAGAAACAGGUUUACCUUACGACGAGGAGUCCAUGGCGAUAAUCCACCUGGACAACGUGACAGUCAUGUACCUGAAAGAGGUCACCAAGUUCCUCGCCAUGGUCUGCUUCCUUCGCAAAGAAAGCUUUGAGAGAAAAGGACUGAUCGAUUACAACCUCCACUGCUUCAAAAAAGCCAUUCAGGAUGUGUUUGAUGUCAGAGUGAGGCUUCAACAAAAUAAAAAGAGAAGAUGCAGCAGUCAGCGCUGAAGACUGCUGUCAAUCAAAUGUACUUUGUGUGUAUUUGUCAAGACUAGGACUUUGACGUGGUUUGUUCUCCCGUGGUGCAAAUGAGCAUUUGGACCAGACAUGGCGUGAAGGUGAA